AUGGCAUCCGCAAUAGAGGCAAGAUCAUUGGCCUUGCUCACCACAAUUGCUUCCGAUCCUCCGCUCUAUCCAAGGAAUCCAACACAACUUCCGCAUGCUCCUUUGACUCUGUAUAUCGUGAGAGUUCCCGGCAGCAAGGAUGUUUUCCUGACUCCCCUGAAACCUCGCGAAAAAGUCGUCAGCGCAGAGGACGUCCAAAGUUCCCUAUACUUUUUGCACAUCGACAUUCCUGAAGAUGACCUUCUCGAACUUCCGGAUCAGAUUUCUGUCCAGGACGCACCAGCUGUCUCAACGAUCAACCGCAAACCACUACCCACACCUCCCACUUCUCCUGCGGGCGGUUCUCCGAGACAAAGAAGUGCCGUCUUUGACACCAAACAGCAACUUGGAGUACCACAAAGAAAGCCUGUAGUCUCUCGUCAGAGCCUAGAUCUUCCAGAUAUUCCGCCACGUCCACCUCUCAGAAGUCCUCCAAUUCAGCAUGGCCAGUUCGGUAUCAAUGAACGUAAUGAUGCAAGACCGUCUUUCUCAAGACGACCCCUGAGCAACCAAUUCUUGGAUCCGAACGUUGUGUCAGGUCGUCCUUCCAUUGACUCACGACGUUCCUAUGCGUCAGGAGGUGCUAAUCGAGUGUCUUUCGAGGGCUCAUCGACGCCGGAAGAGGACGAACCGUGUGUUUCCCUGACAUUGAUCCGUCGAGAUCCAUCAUCAGGUUUCCAAUGGAAUGUAGCGAAGAUCCGUGAUCCGCCAGUUCAUGAUGUAUCUUCUAGCAUUGGAGGUGACGGGUCCAUCAAAACGAAGAAAGCAGGCGCACCACUAUUCCUGGAAAUAUACAAUCCAGGAUACUCAAAGUUUCUCCAGUUUGAUCACGCCAGACCUGACUCGAGAGGUAGCGCUGACAUGGCCUCGCUCUCUUCGAAUCUGACCUCAGGUCAUGAUGGUACAUUCCGUCGGAGACUAUACAUGGAUGGGUCAAGAUUUGGUGACCACUCCUACGGACAUCGCAAGUCACCUUCCUGGAAUGGAGAACAGCAGAGCCAGCAGGUUCAGCGGCCCUCAUUACAGCUGAAUCGACAAAGUCUUCAAGCUGCUCCCAAGGCUAUUGUCGACCGAAGGAGCAAAGGCUAUACCUUCCGGAGUCCAUGGGGUGGUAAAUGUGAGUUCUCGACUGGCGCAGCCGGUAGAUCAUUAAAGUGCAAACACGUCCUCGAGAAUCCAUCAAGUGCAGCAACCGAAGUUAGUGAGCUGCGCUUCAACCUUCCAACAGGAAGUAGUACUAGGAGUAUGAUGUCCACCGACCCUGGAUCAAAAAGGUCAUCCGUGAUAUCAAGGCCAGCAAUGCACAGACACUCUACCUCGGACGAGUUGACCAAUGGCCCCAUUUCUCCUGGCAUGGGAAAGUUCCUUGACGAGUACGGUAACAUCGAUCUCUCUCUAGGCCAAGAGCGUGCUGGCGGAGGAUUCGGUGGUAAACAGGCCAAGCUUGGAAAGUUGAUCAUCGAGGAUGAAGGCGUCAAGAUGUUGGACUUGAUAGUAGCUGCCAACAUGGCUCUCUGGUGGAGAGCAUACGAAAGAAAGCACUGA